CUCCCCCCACGCACACACACACGUCCCACACUCCGGGCUCCGGGCCAGACCGGACGCCUUCGCCUAGUUCUCGCUCCGUCACAUCACCUAAACAGAGCUGCGUUGAGACAACCACACCAGCACUUGUUCGUUCUACUCUGUGAGUACUCGCGAAUGCUGCCCCCUCGCAUUACUCUGCGGAGGCUUCUGUUUAACCGAUAUUUAGGGACUGUGGAGCAACGGGCGCAGUGAACGUCAACACGCCGGGACCGGCCGUCCCACUGUCUUUUAGGUUAGGUCGCGGGACCACUGAGCACCAGAGCGGAGAUGCCGCCGCUUCCACCACCGACCCAGUGUCAACCACCACGGGCUUGCAAAGCACCUAGGUACUCCGAGGAGUCCGAGUCAACUCCAGUGGCAGCCGUCGCCGACAUGGAAAUGGAUCACCACGAGCAGGCGCUGCUGCUGCCCGACCUGCCCGACCUGCCCCUGCUGCAGGUGCUCUCCUACCUGCCCGACGAGGCCCUGUUCGCCCUGGGCCGCACCUGCCUGCGCCUGGCCGCGCUCACCAGGACGCAGCCGUGGCGGGACCGCCCCAAGCUCACGCUCAACACCGAGGAAGUGAGGGACCUGCUGAGGGUGGCCGCUCCUCCAGAGGCCGUAUGGAUCGUCAUCGCAGACACCGCAAAGACCUCGGAGUUUUGCUUUGGGGUACCCGACAGCUAUAUCACGGGAUGUCUCGACAGUGACAGCCGCGUCCACACCAGCUGCCCACCUCGAUUGCUGCUCAUGGAAUUGAUUAGCGUGACGUCACAGGAUGCCUUAAUCCGGGAGGUAGCCAAGACAACAAAAAGUGUUGAAUUCCUUAUUGAAGGUCUGGACGUUAUUUUCCGUUCAUUGAAAGAAGCGAGCUGGAGCCAGCUGGAGCACCUUACCUUGAGUAGGGUAAACCUGCACGAACAGCUGACUCUGUUGUGGCCGCAGGAUUUGGCGCUGCCGAGGCUGCGCACCGUGACUCUCCAACCACGCUACGGCCGAAUAUCCGACAUCUCAGGGGUGAGCUAG